CACGCACUGAAUCGUUUGGAGAGGUUUGGCUUCUCAUUCCAUAAAUGCGCGCCGAACUUUAUAAGACCGAUAACAAAAAAGCAGCGCUCAAUGAAGUUGAUAUUUACUUCAACUGAAACAACAUGCAAAAGCGUCCUAUCGUUUGUCAGCGAUAAAGAAGAUUUUCAGUGAAUGUAUCGUGCAUUCGAACGACCCUGAAUUGCAGGUGACCGUUAAGGCGGUGGAUGCUCAUUGUGAUAAUCUGAGGGAUGGAUAUACUAUUAUUUGUUUUUUUUCAAAGAUGGUUUAAGCCGAGCGCACAGGCUUUCAAUAGCACGUGGCGGUAAGGAGGAGCCGGGCUGCCCGCCGGGUGUGAGCUACGACUACAGAGCCGAGGGCUGCAUGGGUCCAGUGGUCAUGCCCCCAGGGAAGAAGGCCGAGGGCCCCAGCAGUGGGAGCGUGGCGCGGGGUCUGAGUCAGCUCUACCAGGACACCGAAGCAGCUGACCUCUCUCUGGCCCUGUCUGCCUCUCUCAGCCGGGCCGAGGAUGAGGAGCUGACCAGCCUCAGCUGGUUGCACGAGAGCACGGAUCUUCUGACCAGUCUGGGCCACUCUGGCCUGCGUAGCGUUAGCCCCCUGCAGGAUGCUAACGGUGGUCGCGAGCCCUCGUCCUCGCCGUCGUCCUCCCCUGAGCCCAGUGAGCCGCCCUACCACCUGUCCACGGGUCCCAGCCGUAAACCUCCCUACUCUUUCAGCUGCCUCAUCUUCAUGGCAAUAGAGGAUGCUCCCUCUAAACGACUUCCUGUCAAAGACAUCUAUGGAUGGAUACUGGAGCACUUCCCUUACUUUGCUAGCGCCCCCACUGGCUGGAAGAAUUCAGUGCGUCAUAAUCUGUCACUAAACAAAUGCUUCAAGAAGGUGGAUAAGGAUCGCAGUCAGAGCAUAGGAAAGGGUUCUCUCUGGUCUAUUGAUCCUGACUACAGACACAAUCUGAUUCAGGCGCUGAAGAAGACUCCAUAUCAUCCGUAUUCCCCUCGGCUUCCAAAACCUUCUACCUCCCCAUCUGCCUCUCCUCAGCAAUACCACAGUCCUCCACUAUGGCCAGGAAGUCCACUCUUCAGAAAAAAUGGAGGAGUGCUCUUACAAGUUCCACAGAGAGUGAUACAGCAUAGCUCACGUGUUGCCGCUCAGGGGCUCUUUCCAGUUAUCAGACCCCUUCCUUUGAGUCCUGUGAGCAAGAGGACCACAGCCGUGAGAUCAGCCCUGGGCGACUAUCUGACACGGGGUAAAAACAGUCUGUGCAGUGACUCUCCUCCACCCAGCGAUGAUCAACAGGAGGACCACACGUACAGCAGCUCCCAGUCUCCAAGUACAAAGGGGGACAUUUCUUCCUCCCUCUCCUCCUGCUCCACUCAGGGUUCCCUCUCUGUCUACAGCCACGGUCAGGAGGCGACGGUCACUGAGGUCAAGGAGGAGCAAAAAGACUUUCCGCUGGACGCUUCGCCACCUCUUCCCCAGCUGCUCCAGCGCAGAAGACUGCUGUGGACCAAAGGUCACCUACGGACCCCUGGUGACACACUUCCCCUGAAGAAGAGGAGGGCGGAAAAUCUCCUGGUAAAAGAGGAGGAAGAUGAGGAGAUGAAGGAGGCGGCGGGGUCGUUGCUUCACCUGGCUGGCGUGCGCACCGGUUUGAAUAAGAACGCUCAGCGUAUGUGUAAAGUUCAGAAGGAGCUGAAAGAGGAAGCCAGUGAUUAGCAAUGAACGGAAAUCCCGUUAACACAGAUCUAAAUACUUCUGUUCCAGGAUAUCAGGUGAAUUCUAGUCAGUUGUUGCAAUAUCAAUAAAAUCACUGUUGUCCCUUGUUAAAUUUGAUUUCCCGGGUGAAAGAAUCUCAUGUUCAUGUUUUUUUUUUUUGUGUGUGUGUGUGUGCGUGCGUGCGUGCGAGUGUGUGAGCGUGCGUGCGUGUGUGUGUGUGUGUGCGAAGAGGGAAAAAAGCCAUAGUAAAAAUUGGGUCAUUUGAGUGAAAACUGUUUUAAUGUUUGUUUUUGAAUUCAUCAAGCCUACGGAACAAGUUAAAAGAAUUAAUUCUGUUGUAGCAAUCCUUCUAGUUCACAUCAGAAAGUUGAACGGAGAGAUUUUCUAUGCUGCUCUCAAGUGUGCCAAAGAUGAUACCUGUUGAUGAAAGUGCAGCUAAUCCAUGCACACUUAGUAAGACCAGUAAUAGUUUCAAAAAGUAGUGAUACCGACCUAUAUUGCAAAAACCAUCAGAUGAAUAUUUGGGUCAAUGACAUGAUGCUCAUUUUUCUUGGUCCACAUCUAUUGAUUAACUCAAAAAUACAUUAAAAAUGCAGUUCUCGACUUGCAUUUUUUUAUUUCAAAAUUCAUUUUUAGGUCAUCAAAAAUUUCAGUGCGAUCAUUAAAAGUAGCAGUGUUGGGGAAAGUUAAUUUUAAAAGUAAUGCAUUACAAGAUUGUGUUACUCCCUAAAAAAGUAACUAAUUGUGUUACUUUUAAUGAAAAGUAAUCCAUUACUUUCGUGAUACUUUUUCUCACCUGGGCUUUCUUGUUUGUUUUUUAAUAACAAAACACCCCAAAAGUUCUAUUUUUGGCAAAAGUAAAGGCCAUUUUACACCAAAAGUGAAAUGACUAAGCCUUAGGCUGAAGGAAAUGCAAAGUAACUUGUGUUACUUAUUUGAAAAAGUAACUCAGAUAUUUUGUAAGUAAUCUGAUUACGUAACCCAUGUUACUUGUAAUCCGUUGCCCCCAACACUGUAAAGUAGUAUGGCAUUAUCUUUUUGUUUUUAUUAUUGUCUUAUUAUUUCUUAGAAAUAUGAAAAAGUAGAAAAAUGAAUUAAAGCUGCAGUCUGUAACUUUUCUUUUUUGGUUAAAAAUGAUCCAAAAUCAAUUUUUGAGCAAGUACAUAACCAGCCAGUGUUCAAAACUAUCUCCUUACCUUAAUCUGAUUCACAACGGUAAGCCUGUAAUAAUGUUUUAUAAUUUGGAUGGUACUGGUAGGUUUCCGCGGGAAAUUCGAGCAUGCAACCAUUUGUCUUUGCGCCAUUGCGUCACGUCUGUUUACAAAGAACGAGUCCCAGCUAGUAGGCUAAACCACAUGUGAGAGGGCCGAUCAUUUAUAGCCUUUUCUCACAGCAGCUGGAAUAUUUAAACUUAUCAUUUUGAUGGCGGAUUGUAAUCCAGAAAGGUCGAAAUGACGAUCAUCAGUGACAACUGGAAAAAGUGUUUUUUUUUUUUUCCUCAGUCAGUCAGAACAAAAGUGGCAGACAUGUUACUUAUUUGUUCAGAUGACAUUUUCCGGUGAAAAUUUUUAUUUUGGUCAUACUUCCAAGAUGUAGAGUCUGUGAUUCCGAAGUGCAGUAUCUACACCGAUGUGGUGACUGACAGCAAAAAUUAGAUUAAUUCACACAACCCAAGUAAAGAUGAUAAUUCCGCAAAUAACUGCAAUUGCAGGUUUCAAACAGAGAUGGCGACAAAGAGGGAAAACUUAUGGACUGCAGCUUUAAAUUCAAAUAAUAUAAAAUAUUUUGAGACAACUGCUAAAUAAUAUUUGAAAAAGUAAAAAAAAAAAAAUAUAUAUAUAUAUAUAUAUAUAUAUAUAUAUAUUUUUUUUUUUUUUUUUUUUUUAUUAAAGUUUAAUUGAUGGUUACACCACAUGACAUUUUAAAGUUGUUAAAUUUACUUUUCUUGAAAAUGUUGUACACAAAUACAAAAAGUACAUUUCUACUUAGCACAUGUUUUAAAGUAGAUUUUUCCCAUUCUUUAUGGUGGACACUCUUAUGUCAUUGAUCCAUUUAUUUAUUAAGCAGAAAAUGUUUUGUGUAAAAUGGCCUGUGUCCAGUGGAUAACAAAUGUAAAGGUCAAAUGCAAUAUGCCAAUUCUCUCUAGAUGCCUGGUGUUCAAAACAUUUCUGGUGUUAGUUCUUAUUUGAAGCACACGAAAACUAAUCUUUCUAUGAAGCAAUGUGUCAGAAAUGCCUAUUAUGUUGCCAAAAUGUUGGUGUUUUUUUUUUAAAUUCUUCUUUCUUUUUAAAAAAUCUUCAUCACAAUCCAAGCAAUUUGUCCUGUCAGGAUAACACUGUAAAAAGAUAUUCCCUUUUUUUCCACAAAAGGCAGUUUUUGCCUGUUUUUCAGUUAUAUUGCAUGGGUGCUUGUACAUAAGAAAGAAGUAUUUUCUUUUCUAAAUGAAAGAUCAUGUAAGAUAGAUAUUUAGCAUGAGGCAUGGCUUAUUUUCUUACGAGAAAACAGAGAGCGGCGUCUCUUAAAGCGUAGGUUUCUUUCUUUUCUUUUUCUUUUUUAAUCGUAUUUCUCUUCUGCGGCAGACAACUCUUCCAAAGGAAGGGACUUCAUGAAAACCCAUUAAUGAACAGAUCUGCCUUGUAUUGAAUAUCAGGUGAAACUGAUUUUGCCUUUUUCGUGGUCCUCGGUUUGGUGGUCCUUUUUCAAUUCAUUGAUGUAAGUGUUCAGAUGUUGUUAAUAAUCAGUGUUGGAUGACCUAUCACUCUGUACACCCUUUAAGGUUGUGCUUGGAUGUCUGUUCUGUUCUUUUGUAAUGGUUCGAUACUCCGUUAAAGUCAUUUGCAUUGUGCAACCUGCAGCGUUGAUAUCAUAAAUUGUACUGAAAUAGUUUGACAAGGAAUUAGUAUUGGCUUUAGGAUAAUCCCUUAUUAGCGCGAUACUUCGCGAUCGACCAUGGCUUGUCUGUUUCCUUUGUAUUUUGUUUUAAAGUACCCAUCUUUGGUUCCAUCCCUCAUGAACUUGAACUCCAUCUGUGAAACUGAAUGUCCAGGUGUGUGAGGGCGUCCUGUGGUGGUGGUUCACUGGCUGCUUGGGUCGUCAUCCAUCAACAUCAUACAUAUGGUGCGUUCAAGUCAUGUCGGAAAGAUCGUAUUUACGAGUUGAGCGCACAUGAAUGCCACCACAAUGUCGUACAAGUGGGAAGCUGGGGAUUAUGUGCGCAUUCACGCCAUGUUGUAAUUACUGUAAUUAAGAUAUUUCAACUUGUAAAAAGUGUUCAUGACCUCAAAGAUCUUGUAAUUACAUCUUGUAAGAUUUUCUAAAAAAUCCUACCUGUACCACGUGACCACUGUACCACCUGACUGCUGCAGAUUCAUUAAUAUGGAAGCUUGUUUCCACCACAGAAUAAAACAAUUUAAAAGAUAUUUGAGACACAAUUCUGACUUUUUUUUUCCUCAGAGUCAGAGUUUUGAGAUAAAAAGUCGCCAUUACUUUUUUUUUUCUUUUUUUUUUUUAUUCAGUGGCGGAAACAAGCUUCCAUACAUUUAGGCAUUGAUAGUGUUGACAUAGAAAAGCAUAAUUCCCAGUCUGAGGAUGUGAACAGCUCCGAAUAGAAUGUCACGUGUUGUCAUCUCAAGACUGCGGUAAUUACGACAUGGCAUGAACAGCAUAUAUUUAUGCUGCCUCACGGAAUUAUCGUAAAUACGAGUUUCCUAGGUUAAAGUAUUGCACAUGAACACCCUCUCAUGUCGAAACUGGAAUGCGAUAAGCUCGUAUUCACGACUUAGAAAGUGGGGAAUUAUUAAAAUUCCUAUAGCACGUGAAGGCAGCAUAAAGCCCCCAUCUUUACAAAUUGGGGGCGUGUCAGUGAGAAACAUAGCAAUGACAUUGUCAGGCGUAUUUAUUCACAACCAAAUAAGCUAACUGCCUGCACAAAAUAUGAUAGCAUUGUAAUAUAACAAUAUAGCCUAAUAAUAUGUAAUAAUAAAGUUCACAGUAGGUUCAUAAUUAAAACAUAAAAAAGCAAAACACACCUGAUGCAAAGUCUUUGUUCUUCAUUUUAGUAGUAGAGUUUAAAAACCUUGCUGUAUUUUUGUGUAGUUAAGGGUUAGUUCACCCAAAAAUGAAAAAUCUGUCAUUAAUUACUCGCCCUCAUGUCGUUCCACAUCUGUAAGACCUUUGUUCAUCUUCAGGACACAAAUUAAGAUAUUUUUUGAUAAAAUCCGAUGGCUCAGUGAGGCCUGCAUUGACAGCAAGUUAAUUAACACUUUCAAACACCCAGAAAGCUACUAAAAACAUAUUUAAAACAGUUCAUGUGACUACAGUGGUUCAACCUUAAUGUUAUGAAGCGACAAGAAUACUUUUUGUGCGACUUUAUGACUUUAUUCAACAAUAUCUAGUGAUGGCCGAUUUCAAAACACUGCUUCAUGAAGCUUCAAAGCUUUAUGAAUCUUUUGUUUCGAAUCAGUGGUUCGGAGCGCGUAUCAAACUGCCAAAGUCACGUGAACUUGAAAUUUCGAAACACUUAUGACAUAACUCGUUUACUGAAAUCACGUGACUUGCAUGCUCCGAACUACUGAUUCAAAACAAAAGAUUCAUAAAGCUUUGAAGCUUCAUGAAGCGGUGUUUUGAAAUCGUCCAUCACUAGAUAUUGUUGAAUAAAGUCAUUAUUUUGUUUUUUGGCGCACAGAAAGUAUUCUUGUUGCUUCAUAACAUUAAUGUUGAACCACUGUAGUCACAUGAACUGCUUUAAAUAUGAUUUUAGUUGCUUUCUGGACAUUUGAAAGUGUAAAUUGUCAAUGCAGGCCUCACUGAGCCAUCGAAUUUUAUCAAAAAUAUCUUAAUUUGUGUUCUGAAGAUGAACAAAGGUCUUACAGGUUUAGAACGACAUGAGGGUGAGUAAUAAAUGACAGAAUUUUAAUUUUUGGGUGAACUAACCCUGCCUUCACGUGCUGUGUGGGAGGAUGUUCAUGUGCAGUUUUUACCUAGGAAACUUGUAUUUACGAUAAUUCAGAGAGCACAUGAAGGCAGCAUUAGAGAAGGUACACCGUCAUUUUGCUCCUACGAAAGUGGCUUGAACGUACUCGACGUCAUAAACACGACUUCCCAACCCGUAAAAUCCGAGCUUUCCAGGAGGACUUGAACGCACCAAUAUAUUUGUUACACAGCAUCUAUCGCGAUGUUUACACUCCAAUUCCGCUUUAUGUAUGAAACGCUUUCUGAAUGUUAUGCGUCUCCCGGGGGAGCGGAGCACAGAUAUACCAUUUUCAGUCCUUUUCAAGUACUCCAGCACGAUAUUUCAGCACUUUUUAAAAUGGUAAAAUAGGACUGUUUGUCUUCGGCAGGGGGUCUAGUGAUGGAGCGGCACUGUAAGGGUGAGUACAGUGUAAAAUAAGAGACGUAUGGCGGGAUGGCCCUACUUUAUUUGAUUUGCAUAUUUAGGCAAUAAGCUGCUGCUACGGUUUUGCUUUAAAUUUAUGCCAGUCCCAUAAUAUGCCAUUUUGUGUGUGUGUGUGUGUGUGUGUGUGUGUGUGUGUGCGUGUGCGCGUGUGUACCAAAAAACACGAUUUGUUUUUAACUGAUUUAAUAGCUAAGAUUCAUACAAAUCCAUGUAAGACAAAAAGGGGAAACAAAUAUGCAUGAAUUAUUUAUUGGAAAACUCUCACUGCCUCUGAAAUUAUAUGUGAAAUAAUAUAAGGGUUUUGUCAAUGUUGUUGAUGUUGUUUGUUUUUGCCAAAUAUGUUUUUGUCCUUGUACUUACAUAAGUCACUAGUGGUCUGAUAUGAUUUUAGAGCACAAUGGAGUCAUGAUGAAUAUGUAUUUGACCAGGUCUAUUUUCAAUACACACAGAUGCCAAUGCUGUACGAGUAUAAAGCUGUCUAUUUCCUUGGUGUGCAAUCAUAUUGCCAAAGAACAAUAUCAAACUAUUUCAUCAAUACAUGUAAAUAAUCACAUUGUCUAUAUGACAAUAAAUGUCACAUCAUGUUGUUACUUUUCCACAUAUUUCUCCUGAAACUUAAAAUAAUGUUUAUGUAAUGUAUUGUCUUCCAGUUGCAAUAAUAAAAAUAUCAGAGUUUUAAAUGACAA